UCGCAAGGCUGCUACCUACACACAGAAACAGCACAAACACAUCCACGCCUCGAGUGGGAUUCAAACUCGUACCCCAGCAUUUGAGCUGGCAAAGAAAGUUCAUGCCUUAGGUAUCCUCACUGAUUUGAUUCAGACAAUGGUGGAAAGUCGUUUGACAUUUCCCUUCCAUCUAUUUUGAGAGACACAGAGUUAUAGUUAUACUGCACAGCAGUUAUCCCUGGUUUUUAGUUAAAAGCCAUGCAAUGAAGACAUGUGGGAAGUGACCUUCUUGCAAGAUGAAUGACGUAAGAGUUCAGGAUACCGAAGAAUCCAUACUUUUUACAAGUCAAAUAAUCAAAAGAAGAGAUGAAAGUUGCGAAAGAUGUAAAGUGUUAAAAAACCAACUUCUCAGUGCCCAAAAGGAACUGAAGACAGCGAAAUUAAUUAUAGAUUUACUCCUAGAAGACGUGAAAAAUCCGACUGAGGCCGAUACUAACCUUAUACGAAAUAAUGAAGAUAGAUCAAAGUCACCUUUUCAUGAAGGAAAUUGGACUCAAAAACCAAUAAGCUUGCAUCCAAACACGUUGGUAAAGUUUAAUGACCACAGUGAAAUAUAUUUUGAAACACACAAUCGUUUUGAUGUCUUAUCUAACCUCAAUGAUGACGCUGAAUUAACAAAUGCUAGAGGAGCUGCUCCAGAUAUCACCCAUAUUGGAGUAAGUCAAAUAAGUGUGAACAAAUACAAACAAAACGAGGAUUCUCAUAUGAUAAAUAAAAUUCCAGUGAUAGUAAAUGGUAUGGUUAUGUCUUGUAAUAACAAAGUGCAGAUUGGUGAUAUGUUACCCAUUAACAAGAAUAAAUCAAAUCAGAAACAAAAUCACAAAGAUGAAGCUUGUGGUGCUGCAAAAGAAAAGCCUAGGAAACACAAAGUUUUGUUACUUGGGGAUAGUCAAGUAAGAGGUUGUGCAGACCUAUUAAGACAGAAUUUAAAUAGUUUGGUGUCAGUGGUUUAGUAAAGUCGGGUGCUAAAACCAUUGAUAUACUAGCCACUAAUAUUGAGAAAAACAUGUCAGAGAAUGAUGUUAUAGUGGUAUAUACUGACUCUAAUGAUAUUAGUAAAAACAGUGCAAAAGAAGGCCUAAGUUAUAUAAUUAACUUUGUAAGGAGGAACAGUCAUACCAACAUCAUGGUUAUGGAGGUACUACACAGACAUGAUUUAGUGGACUGGUCAUCUGUUAACAAAGAGGUUAAGUCAUUCAAUAGACAUCUAGCCAAAAGGCUGAAAAACCUGAAUAGGCAGCACUUCACACGACAUGGUCUGCACACAAAUAGCAAAGGAAAAAGGGAAAUGUGUCAGCAGGUAGCAGAAUUGAUUAAACAGAAGCUCGGAGCAGUAGUUAAUGCUAUCCCAUUAAAAUACAAAGAAGACACUGUCCAUGAUGAGGUUGCAGUAAACCAUGGAGGAAAAGAGGAGAAGACAUCAGCAGACCCAUCUCCCAACAAUAUGGCAGAAUUGGUUCAACAAAAGCUCGGAGCAGUAGUAUAUGCUCUCCCAUUAAAGUACAAAGAAGACACUGUCCACGAUGAGGCUGCAGUAAACCAUGGGAAAGAAGAGGAGAGGACUUCAGCAGACCCAUCUCCCAACUGUAUGGCACCAUCUACAGGAGCACUCCCAUUAAAGUACAAAGAAGACACUGUCCACGAUGAGGCUGCAGUAAACCAUGGGAAAGAAGAGGAGAGGACUUCAGCAGACACAUCUCCCAACUGUAUGGCACCAUCUACAGGAGCUCAACAACAGGAAGUACGCAUGUCAACUAGAAGGAGGAGGCCCCCAGUAAAGUUAAGUAAAGAUUUUUUAUAGAUCAAUAUAGUGCUGGUACCCUCAAACAUAUUAAUAAAAUAAGUACCAAUAUUAAAAUAUUUCAUCAAAAUGUACAAAGUUUAAACAACAAAAGGCUAAGUUUAGAAGUCCUACUAACUGAUAAAGCAUUAAAUUUGGAUGUCUUAUGCAUUACAGAACAUUGGUUGAGAGAAGAUCAAACUGAUUAUUAUAAUUUUAAAAACUAUUCCCUUGUUUCAAAAUUUUGUAGGAAAAACAAACGGCAUGGAGGUUCGUGUAUUUAUAUUAAAUCAAAUCUAGAAGCAAAGCCCUAUAAUCUGUUUGAAAGCAUGAUCCAAGAAGAACACUUCGAGGCCAGUAUGGUUGAACUUACCAAGUUUAAUACAAUUAUUAUUUGUAUCUACAGAACUCCUAAUAGUAAUAUUAACACAUUUAUUGAAAUCCUGGAUACUAUAAUAAAUAAUAUAAUAAGCAAAAGGAAGAGCAUUAUUAUUGUAGGUGAUUUCAACAUAGAUUUCUUGGGUAGCAAUGUAAAUCCUCAAUUACAGACAAUGUUAAAUUCAUACGGUCUACAAGCAAUAGUUGAUGUCCCAACAAGAAUAGGACUUAGAAGUCAAACAGCGAUAGAUCAAAUAAUAUUAAAUAAAUACUUAUGGGAUUACAACUUUAAGGUAAUUGCAACAGGAUUCUCUGAUCAUUUUGCACAAAUAUUACAAGUGCAGAUGCAGCAUAUAAAUAAAAAGAGGCAAGCUGCAGUUAAAGAAGAAUUCAGGACAGUUAGACUUUGUACUGAAGAGAAUGUUCAAUACCUAAACUACCUAUUGGAGGAGGAGUCUUGGGAACUUGUUUUUAGGCAAACUUCAGUUAAUGAUGCAUAUAAUGAAUUUUUAGGUACUUUCCAGUAUUAUUAUAACAUAGCUAUGCCUAAAAAGUGGGUAAGAACUAAUCAACUAGGAAAUAAAUGGGUUACCUCAGGUAUAAGGGUAUCAAGCACCAGGCUCAGGUUUCUAAAUAGAUUAAUGAAAGAAAGAAACAUAUAAGAAGAGGUUAAAAAAUAUUAUUAUCGGUAUAAGAAAAUUUACAACAGAGUAAUUAGCGAGGCCAAGAAAUUAUCUAAUAACAUACGGAUAAAUACAGCAGGAAACAAAUCUAAAGCUAUG